UCCUCUUGGAGGACAGGGAUGUAACAGCCCAGCGAUGCGCUGGGAAAGAGAGAAACAAAAGGGGAGGAGAAGCAGCGAGGAGGGAAAGAGGCUCACGUGGCUUCCUCAGGGCACGGGCCAACGCCUCCAGCACAAGAGCUGCCUCCGGGUCCAUCAGCUUCCUAAAUCCUGGGCCCUUGGCUGGUUCCAGGCUGGAGGCAAACCCCCUCCUGCCUUUUACAACGGGCUCAGGGUACUUGUAAUGAGAGAGAAGACAUCCCGUGAGGACACCCAGGGCCACGCUUGCUUCUGCUUCCUCACCCAGUCGUUCCUUGUGCCAAGGAUGCUCUGCCUGCUGCUUGCCCUGAGGGCACUGGUGCUUGGCCUGGCAGGUGCCAUUGAGAUCCAGGUCCCGGAUGAGCCCGUGGUGGCUCUGUUUGGCCGAGACGCCACCCUGCACUGCUCCUUCUCUCCCGAGGCCAACUUCAGCCUUGAUGACCUGAGCCUCAUCUGGCAGCUGACGGACACCAAGCGCUUGGUCCACAGCUUCUCCGGUGGCCAGGACCAGCUGGAAGACCAGGGUGGGGGCUACGCGAACCGUACAGCCCUCUUCUAUGACCAACUGGCCCAGGGCAAUGUCUCGCUGCUGCUCCGGCGUGUGGAGAUCUCAGAUGAGGGCAGCUUCACCUGCUUCGUCCGGGUCCAGGACCACAACAGUGCAGCUGUGACACUGCAGGUGGCAGCUCCCUACUCCAAGCCCCAUAUGAACCUGGAGCCUAACAAGCACUUGAAGCCAGGAGAUCUGGCAGCGGUGACUUGCCACGCUUCCCGCGGCUACCCCGAGGCCAACGUCCUCUGGCAGGACAGCCAGGGCAGCAACAUUACAGAAAACAUCACCACCUCCCAGGUGGCCAAUGAAGAAGGUCUCUUUGACGUGCACAGCGUGCUCCAGGUGCUGGUGGAGCCCAGCAGCACCUACUCCUGUCUGGUGCGAAACCCAGUGCUGCAGCAGGAGACCCAAGCUUCUGUCACCAUCACGGGCCAACACCUCGCCUUCCCUGCCGUGGCUCUCUGGGUGACAGUGGGACUUGCCAUUUGUGUCGUGGUGCUGCUCAUUGUCCUGGCCUAUGUGUGCCAGAAGAAGAUCCGCCAGAGCUGUGAGGAAGAGGAGGAAAAUGCAGGGACGGAGGAGCAGGAUGAGGAGGGGGGAGAACCCAAGACAGCUUUGCAGCCGCUGAAGAGCACGGAGAGCAAAGAGGAUAAUGAGCAAGAAAUUGUCUGAUGGGAGCUGGGACACCCCCAAGCAGCGCCCGGUGCCCUGCACCAGCCCCAGUGGUGAUGAGCUCCAGGUCCCCUGGGAAGGGCACGGACUCACUGCCACCCCUCAUCCUGAGCCCGGUCACUCUCCUCUGUCCCCAGCCUUGUCUUUGGGGUACCCUGGGGCUGGAGAGUGGUUGAAUCUCUUUAGCCCCAGCAAGCCCCAAAACCGGUGCAUCCUUCCCAGGGAUGAUGUGGGGUGGAGGCUCUUCCCUGUCCAUCUGGCUGUCCCCACGUGGGGCUAAGAGCAACCAGGGUCGACCGUUCCCCCCCAUCACCCUCUGUUCCUGCUCCUGCAUGGCCGCAGCUGAGCCAGCCACCUUCCAGGUGCCUUCCAGGGCAAAUUUUGCUGCCCAUUCUAAGCCCCGAGGCCUUGAGAGUGGUGAUGGGCUCAGUGAACAAUACAUGGAGCCCUGGAGGCUCUGGGAAGACGGAUGGGACCUGCAGGACUCCCAGGCAUGGGGGACAGAGCUGGUGCUCUGGUCCUCAAGUGGAGGUACCACUCUGGGGAUAUAUGGGGGUAACUUUUUUGUCCCGUUGCACCACUGUGGUUCCCACUGGACUUUCAUUUCUGCCUUAAAUGCAAAAUGCCCUCGGGGCAGUUAUCUCCUGCCUUUAAUUAUCCCAGGUGACUUUUUGGGGAGGGGACAAAAGGCAGGGCUGGGGGGGCACCUGCUGGCCGGGUGAAGCCCCCCUGGCCUCCCCAUGGUGACAAAGCUGAUGCUUUGGGGGCUAAAGCACUGGUGGGGACAAACCCAGCUGGUGCAUGGGGCUGAGCAUGGGAUUGGGGGUCAUUGCCCCGGUACGUGUCUGGGGGUCCUCCCACUGCUGCUGGGUACCUAGGGCAUCCAAUCUGCCAGGGUGAACAAGGUGGCAUGGCCCUGGUCCUGCUCCGGUGGGUGGAGAAGUCCCUCGAGGACUGUUGUGCUGGUUUUUGUCUUUAUUUAAAAUCCAGAAUCUGAAGGGGAAUUUUGUGCCUUGACAAAUAAAUUUGGGGGUUGGUUUGGACAAUGA